CCGCCACACCCUCCUCUCGCCCUCCCGGCCGGCACUUCCAGUGUGGAAAGAAUGGCAUGAGGCUUGAAGUUCGUGAGAGACGCGUUGACGCUGCAGAGCAUCCGAAUACCGCAUCUGGCGUGCGCGCGGGCCGACCUGAAAUCCGCGGCAGGCUACUCGUGGUGUCGCCGUCUUUGGUGAAGGGUGAAAACCAACGAGUAGGAAUACGUGGUGCAUCUCGGUGAUUUCUGCCACCCGCGGUGAAAAAAGAAGGAGCAAGAAAUACCUGCAGUGCGGUGCCGUCGCCCACCUCCGAGGCCACGCCUCCUCCUCGCCUGCUCGGCCCACCCGCCCGCACUGCCCCCGCCCCCACCCCAUCCAUCCCGCCCCCUCGGCUCAGAUGCGACCAAUGGGAGACGAGGCCUGAGGUGCAUGGAGAUGCAGGAGUUGGGAAGCCCGACAGGUGCAGUGACGGGACAGCGAGACUCGCCCGACCGCUCUUCGCUUGACGGCGCGGGGGUCUACCUGGCCGCCUCCACACACGACACCAACGGCGCGAUAACCGGUGGAAGUUACAGCCCAGUGGCGUCCCUGCAGUACUCGCCCCAGCUCUACCCCUCCAAGUCGUACCCUCACAUCCUGUCGGCCCCACCGGCCCAGGCCAUGGCGGCGUACCCAGGUGCGGCGCAGUACUCGGCGGGCAUGCAGCAAGCGGGCGCCUACGCGGGCUACGCGCAGCCCGCGCACUAUGGCGUCUCCGACUACGGAGCCCUGCGGUACGGCAUCAAGACGGAGAGCGGCCUGAGUCAGGCGCAGUCGCCCGUGCAGACGGGGCACCUCUCCUCGUAUGGCUCCAGCUUCGGCACCUCGCAAACGGCACAGUCCGCGUACCCCUACCAGAUGCAAGGCGGUGGCUUCUCGUCGGCCGCGGGAAUCUACGCCAGCUCCAACUCGGGGGGCAGCUCGUCUGGCUUCACCAGCGCCUCGCAGCAGGACUUCUCGGCGUACGCGAGCUUCAACCAGGGCCAGUACGCGGCGUACUACCCGGCGACGGCGGCGUACGGCUCGUACGUGACGGCGGCCAGCGUGUCGGGCUGCUCGUCGCCAACCGCCUCCAGCACCACCUACCAGCUGCAGGAGCCGCCACCGCCACCUCUGCCUGCCACGCAAGCAGGGGACUUUGGCGCGGGCACCUGCCCAAGCACGCCCGUCAAGGAGCUGGACGAGCGGGCGCGGCGCGGCUCCGAGACCAAGUCCCGCAGCCGGAACCGCAAGAGCAACCCCUCCCCCCCGCCGGGGAACGACCUGGAGCGAGUGUUCGUCUGGGACUUGGACGAGACCAUCAUCGUGUUCCACUCCCUGCUCACCGGCUCCUACGCCACUCGCUAUGGAAAGGACCCUCCGACGUCCGUCUCCCUCGGGCUCAGGAUGGAGGAGAUGAUCUUCAACCUGGCCGACACACACUUGUUCUUCAACGACCUUGAGGAAUGUGAUCAAGUUCACAUCGAUGACGUUUCCUCGGAUGAUAACGGACAAGACUUGAGCACGUACGACUUUGGCACGGACGGGUUCCACGCGGCGGCCGCGUCGAGCACGAACCUGUGCCUGCCCACGGGCGUGCGUGGCGGCGUGGACUGGAUGCGCAAGCUCGCCUUCCGCUACCGGCGCGUCAAGGAGAUGUACACCAGCUACAAGAACAACGUGGGAGGCCUCCUGGGCCCUGCCAAGAGGGAGGCGUGGCUCCAGCUCCGGGCGGAGAUCGAGGCCCUCACGGACUCGUGGCUCACCCUGGCUCUCAAGUCGCUCUCCUUGAUAUACUCGCGGGGGAACUGCGUGAACGUGCUGGUGACGACCACGCAGCUCGUGCCGGCGUUGGCCAAGGUGCUGCUCUACGGCCUUGGCGGCGUCUUCCCCAUCGAGAACAUCUACAGCGCCACCAAGAUCGGCAAGGAGAACUGUUUUGAGCAGAUCUUGGCGCGCUUCGGCCGCAAGGUCACGUACGUCGUGGUCGGGGACGGGCGCGACGAGGAGCAGGCCGCCACGCAGGUAACACGAGGGGCCGGAGAGCCCCGGGGGGGGGGGCGCCCACUCAGCGUCCGCUCUCUCUCUCCCCCUUUUUAUCUCCUCUAUUUUCCAGGGAAGGAAAGCUCCUUCGAGCGAAUAAUUGCCAGGUUUGGUAGGAAAGUAGUGUAUGUUGUAAUUGGCGAUGGGGUAGAAGAGGAGCAGUCAGCCUUGAAGCACAACAUGCCCUUCUGGAGGAUCUCGGGCCACUCGGACCUGAUGGCCCUGCACCACGCACUGGAGCUCGAGUACCUCUAAGGCCGCCGCCCGGCGGCCCACGCGGGCGCCCACCACCCCGGCCGGGCCGCGUGGACGACUGCGCGCCAGGGACGCUCCGUCCCUCGGCGACCCCCGGCCUUCCUCGAAACCGCCCAACCCCGGCGAGACCCACGGCUCCGGACUUGACACGAACGCCGCGGCGGUCGGUCCCUCCGCCGCGCGCCCCUCUGUGCGGCGGCGGCAGCCGGAGGCGCCGGCGCGGCGUGCCGGAGCGCGCAAGCUUGCGGCAACGGAGCGGACAACCUGGACGACGAUGGUUUUUGCUCGACUGUUUGGUGUUAGCUGUGCAGCACGUGGGCCGUUGGAUUUGGAGCGUUGCACUUUGUUGAUUUCUUCCAUUUUCCGCAGACCGAAAGCAGUCGAAAACGCUUACACCUCCAGAGCGUUGCUUGGAACUUUUUUGCCGAUCACCGCACCCCGUGUUUUAAUUUAUUUUACCGACGCUUUCCUCGAUGCUCAACCCAAUGGACCUGCGACGAUGGCGGCACCGUUGUGAGCGAAGUGCCGCCCGUGUUGGAGUAACAUCUCUACCGGACUGGAGUGACAGCUCUACCGGACUGGGGUGGCAUCUAUCCCGGACUGGAGUUAGAUCUCUACCAGACUGGGGUGAUAUAUCUACCGGACUGGAGUGAGAUUUCUACUGGA